CGAUCGAAAACCUUAGAGGAUGGAAGAGACAACUCAUUACCAUUUCCAAUCGAUGUCAUCAUGGAGAUAUUCUCGAGGCUGCCGGUGAAGUCAAUAGCGAUAUGUCGGUGCGUUUCGAAGACCUGGUCCUCCGUCCCAAGCUGUUGCUCGCCUACAAAAAAGGCGGUGAGUUGUUCUUCUUCUCGGCACCUCAGCCGCAAAAUCCGGAUGCGAGCUCGUCUCCAGUAGUGGCCACUUAUCAUAUGAAGUUGUCCUUUGAUGCCUACUUCCGUCGUAAUAGUGGGUUUCAAAUAAGUGGCCUUGAUCAAGGCUUGGUGGGUCUUACUGAUCAGUGGUUCCUACGGGGAAGUAAGUACUCGGCGCCGGUGAUCUGCAACCCUAGCACAGGACAAUUGUUUGGGUAUGAUCCUAUUGAUAAACAAGUCAAGGUUUUGUCCUUGUCAGGAGAGCCCAACAUGGUGUCUGAGGAGUAUCAAAUCAUGACAUUAGGAAUGGGGAAGCUGUUUCAGAGAAUGAUCAACUGUGGCCGCUUUCUCCUUUGUAAUCCACAUUUCAAAGGGAUAUGCAUCAAUGGUGUUUUGUACUAUCCAUCUGUUGAUUUUCCUAGAGGGACUUAUCUGUUAGUUUGUUUUGACGUUAGAUCUGAAAAGCUCACCUUUAUUAAUGACGAUAAUUUUAUCAUAAUGGUGGGAACUAUGAUAAACUACAAUGGUAAAUUAGGUUUUCUUCUGUCUGUGAAAUCUGACUACGUUGAUGAAAGCAGUACAAGUGUUAACCUGUGGGUACUUGAGGAUAUCGAAAAGCAGGAAUGGUCUGAGCAUAUUUAUGUAUUGCCUCAUUUGUGGAAGGAUAUUGUUGGGAGAGCCUCGUUAAGCUUUGUUGGAAUGACGCGUGCAAAUGAGAUUGUGAUGCAGCCGCUAGCCUAUCCACCAACCCCUUUGUACCUAAUCUACUUCAAUAUUGAGAGGAAUACUGUCGUUAGAGUUGCAAUCCAAGGAAUGGAUGGUUCUGGGUGUGCUCAUGUUAAAAUCUUUCUAGACCAUGUAGAGAAUGUGAAGCUUCUGUAAGUGUUUAGGUACUUCAUAACUUGAGACUUUGUUUGGCUAUAUGUUCUAAGUUAAGUUUGUUGCUGUGUACUCUCUUCUCUUUAGAUGGAAAUCUACUUUGUGCUUUGUACUCUCUUCUCUUUAAAGCUACUUUGUGAAACAGGUCAAUAUUAUGA